GUUUCGUUCCUAGUUCAUUGUUUCUUUCCGGAUCCAUAACAAAGUGACACAGUCUUUGCUUUGGUGGAGGGAAAAGAAGAAAAAGAUGGCAGGCUCUAAAACAGCUGUGGUGCUGUGCAUGGAUGUGGGGCUUACAAUGUCCAACUCUGCACCGGGGGAAGAGUCUUCCUUUGAACUUGCCAAAAAAGUCAUCCAGAAGUUUGUCCAGCGCCAGGUUUUUUCAGAGACGAAGAUUGAGCUCGCUUUGGUCCUGUUUGGCACAGACUCCACAGACAACCCUCUGAGCCAGGAUGGCCAGUACCAGAACAUCAGAGUACAUCGACACCUUAUGAUCCCUGAUUGUGAACUACUGAUAGAGAUUGAAAAUCAGGUCCAACCAGAGAGUCAGCAGGGUGACUGGCUGGAUGCCCUUGUAGUUUGCAUGGAUCUUCUUCAUACUGAAACAAAGGGGAAAAAGUAUGAUUGUCUCAACAUUGCCCUGCUGACUGACCUCAACACCCAGACCAAUGAAGAAAGCCUGGAGGUUAUCAUCAAGAACCUCACUCAGUCUGGCAUCACCAUGCAGUUCUUUUUGCCUUUCCCCGUGGAAGAGGAGAAGGAGGGUCAAGGGGAUUCAGAGAGAAGAGAUCCCGGUCACCCGGGGACAGGCAAAGGUCUGUCCAGGGAGCAGAAGAAAAACAUGGAAUUGGUGAAAGAGAUGAUGCUGAGCCUGGAUGUGGAGGACGGCCUGGAUGAAAUUCACACCUUCAGGAAUGCGAUCGAGGAGCUGUGCAUGUUCAAGCAGGUGGAGAGGCGACCCAUGGCCUGGCCCUGUCAGCUGACCAUAGGCAGCUCUCUCUCCAUCCGAAUCAUUGGCUACAAAGCAGUGACCGAUGAGAAGCUGAAGAAAAUGUGGAUUACAGUUGACGCUCAAUCUCACCAGAAAGAUGACGUGAAGAGAGAAACGGUUUACUGCCUGGACGAUGACAACGAGACAGAGGUGCAAAAGGACGACAUCAUCCAAGGUUUUCGUUAUGGAAGUGACAUUGUUCCCUUCUCCAAGGUUGAUCAAGAACAGAUGAAGUACAAGCACGAUGGGAAGUGCUUCGCUGUGCUGGGAUUCACCAAACAGAGCACGAUACGUCGUCAUCAGUUUAUGGGUUCUCAAAUCAUCAAAAUCUUUGCUGCGAAGGAUGAUGAGCAUGCAGGAGUGGCUCUGUCGGCUCUUAUCCGCGCGCUGAAUGAACUCCAGAUGGUGGCUAUUGUACGUUACGCUUAUAACCGCAUCAGCAACCCUCAGGUGGGCGCAGCGUUCCCGUGUAUCAAGCAGGACUCUGAGUGCCUGAUGUACGUCCAGCUGCCGUUCAUGGAAGACCUCAGACAGUUCACGUUUCCUUCUCUUGAAAACAAAAAGUUUUCUCCAUCAGAUGCUCAGCUGUCUGCUGUGGACUCUCUGAUUGAAACCAUGAUGUUGGUAGAAGAAGAUGAGAACGGAGAACAAAGAGACUUGUUCAAGCCCCAUCGCAUUCCCAACCCUGCCUUCCAGAGGCACUUCCAGUGUCUGCACCAUCGGGCAGUAAGCCCCGGUACCCCUCUUCCUCCGAUAGAGCCAUGGCUGAAAGCUGCUCUUGAUCGUCCUGAGGUUAUUACAGAACGCUGCCAGGAUCCACUUGACGUGCUGAAGAGGAAAUUUCCUCUCACUGAAGUGGAGAAGAAAAAGAAGCUUAAAACUAGUGCUCAGAUUUUUGGCAAAGAGUCAGAGGAGUCCGAGGCAAAGAAAGUAAAAGAAGACGAAGCAGAGGAGGAGUAUAACCUGGCCGACAUUGCUGAAGGCUCUGUUACCUCGGUGGGAAGUGUUGACCCAGCUCGAGACUUCCGCGCUUUGAUCAAACAGAAAAUUCUUCCGUUCGGAGAAGUCUGCCAGCAGCUGACUCACAGGAUAGAGCAGUUGCUAAGCAACAAGAACACACAGUACUACAUGAAAAGCAUCACCUGUAUCCAGGCUUUCAGAGAGCAAUCCGUUAAGCUGGGAAAUGCUGAACACUACAAUAGCUACCUUCAGUCCCUGAAAGGAAGCAUCCCAAACAGAGGACUAGAGGUGUUCUGGGAACUGCUCGUUCAAGAUGGUUUAACGCUGAUCAGCAAGGAUGAGGUGGAAGGAAGCACCGUCUCCAAAGCCGAAGCUAAUCAGUUUCUGGUUGCUGAGGAGAAGAAAGAGGAGGCAGCUCCUGCACCAGUUGAAGAUACUGGAGAUGUUGAUGACUUGCUGGAUAUGAUGUAAAGGGAAAAAAAGAUGGAAGAGUGUUUGCAGUGGACUUCAGAGAAAAGAAUGCACGCUCUCAGUCCAGCCAGACCAAACCAGUUCAGCCGUCCAUUGUUCCUUCCUCCCACUUGGAGUCCUGCCAUACUUUGUAACUCUGCACUUAAUGGAUCAACUGUGGUUUACACAUGCUGUCUAAAAGUACUUCACUUUAGAAAUUACAAAAAACAUUCCAUGUACUUCAGGCAAAGGCUUUCUGUGUUUUGUUUGAGAUUUUAAAAAUUACUGCAGUUCUUGUGAGUCUUAGGGUGGUACUUAUGUAGUAAUUAUGUCUACAGUAUGCAUUGAAAAAUAAAGAAACCCUUAUAGACUUUACAGAAGACAGAAAUGCAGUGCCCAACAAACUGACGGUUUAUUAUGAAAAAUCAUUAAAAGCCUUAUGGUUGAUUAAGAGCGCAUGACUUGCAUUACAUUUUUGUGUAUGAAAAUACUAGUUGGUCUUCUGACAAAAUGUAGCAAAGCACAAUGCUGUGACAUCAUUUGCAAAUUAUACAGUGCAUAGCAGACUAAACCAGUUUUGUGUUUAAAGCAUAGACUGUAUAAAAAAAAAAAAGAGAGAGAACGUUGCCACCAUAAUGCCAACCUUUGGUUUGUGGAUCACCAUUUUGAAUCCUUGACUUUAGCACUUUGGAGCCAGAAGGGACCAUAUUUGGGGGGGAAAAAGGGUGAAACGUGAGAAACUCUUGGAGGAAAAAAAACUUUUUCUGAGGCGGGAAUACCAAUUUAAUUAGGGCCAUGAGUAUGCUGACAAUGGUUCAAAAUGGAAAAAGUUUUGUCUCACUUACCCAUAUACAUUAUAUACCAAAAGUAUUCACUCGUCUACCUUCACAUGCAUAUGAACUUGAGUGACAUCCCAUUCUUAAUGGUUUAUUAUUGUCAGCCUACCCUGGGCACGUGUAACAACUUCAACUCUUCUGGGAAGGUUUAUGAGUGUGUUUAUGUGAAGUUUUGAUCAUUCUUCUAGAAGCACAAUUGUGAGGUCAGGCACUGAUGUUGGACGAGAAGGUUUGGCCCACAGUCUGAGGUCAGGACUGUGCAGCCGGCCAUUUGAGUUUUUCCACACCAAACUCGCUUAUCCAUGUCUUUAUGGACCUUACUUUGUGCACUGGGAACAGGUGUUCCCUAAACUGUUUCUACAACAUUGGGAGCAUAUAAUUGUCCAAAAUGUCUUGUUUUUUGUUGAGGCAUUAAGAGGGCAAGGGGCAAAGCCCCACUCCUGAAAAACAACCCUGACACUUUGCGUUGUGCUUGGAAACCUUUUUUUAUGAAGCUCUCUGUAGACUGUUGUUGGGCUAAUCUGAAGGCUACAUGAAGUCUUUAGCAAUUGACUCUGCAGGAAGUUGGUGACCUCUGCAUACUAUGACCCUCAGCAGCUGUUAAUCCUGCUCUGUGACUUUAUGUAGCCUACCACUUCAUGGCUGGGUUCCUGUCAUCACUUUGCUAUAAUACGACUAAGAGUUGACAAUGAAAUAUUUAGUAGCAAGGAAAUUUCAUAACUGGAUUUGUUGCACAGGUGACAUCCUAUCACGGUACCACACUGAAAUUCACUGAGGUCCUGAGAGCUUUCUUUCAUAAAAGUUUGCAGAAACAGUCUGCAUAUGGAGGUGCUUGAUAUUAUACACCCGUGGCCAUGGAAGUGGAAUGGAAUGAUUUGGAUGGGUGAGUGAAUACUUUUGGUAAUAUAGUGUAUAUUUAAAAAAAGUCUAGUCCCACUUAAAUGGAGUUACACAAGGCAGUAUCUGUAUCAUAGAUACACCCGCAACACAUCUUGGGCAGUUUUUGUGUCUCCUGUACAUCCUGAAGUGUAAUUUAUGGUCCUGUAAAUGUGUCUGUGUACACGUUUCUUUUCCACCCACCCCAGAUGCACUCCGGUGCAGUCCUCCCAACAUUCUGACUGCAUGUGUCUAGAAGCAGAUGAUGCAAGCGUCUGCCGAAUGUUGAUUCAUUGACAAGUGGGCCAGAAUAGAGCAGGGACUGCUAGCGGAGUUCACCGGGUUCAGGAAAACCAUUUAAA